AUGGCCACAGUCAUCGGUGCUCAGCUCGCCACCUCUUCCAUCCGGCACUUCUCCACCCAUCGGCCGCGCCCUGAUAGUCGCACGACUCGCGUGGUUGUCACGUCCUACCUCAUCUUCAGCGUGGUACUGCCUUUCGUCGCGCCGGCGCUCGAAAGCUCGCGGCAGAAGAACUCGGAAUUCCCAGACAGCAACGAGCCCCAUCUCCCACUCUGCUUCCACGCACGCUAG